GCUAUACAUGUAAAGUUAGUGUGGUUGGGUUGACAAUCCUCGAUCGUUGUUCGUUGAACUCCGAGUCGUUCCGGGGCGAAGAACCGAUUGCCGUGAGAACGCAAUCGUAUAUAAACUAUAGAUAUUUCUAUUGGUUUCUGAUCUGCUUUGUCAUCCUAAACAUAAGAUUCUGAUAAAGGAUUGACAUUCUCUAUAUAUUCGAAUAAUACGGAUAAAAUUAUUAAGAAUACUACAAAAAUUGUUGCUAUAAGCUGGAAUAUUUCAAAAUUUCUGACAGAUAUCCAGAUCAAGAUCGCGUAAAAGACAUAUAUUGGAAAUCGUGUACCUGUACUCAACAGAUGAAAAGCAUGAUAGACAUGAUUUUCAUGAUCUUACACUGGAAGUACAUUAAAAAUGGACGAAUCACCCAUAACACUGACCAGCAUUAUAUUGAUAGCAGUUUUUCUUAUAAUACUUGGCAUGAUAUUGUAUCGUUAUUUUGGAAAUCGAGAAACAUUUUGGUCACGUUCUUAUAAAGAGGAAAAAAUCGGACUAUCUGCUCAUAAACUUUUCAAGCCUAAUGGUUAUAUGAUUCAUUCUGGUUCCGAACUAUUACUUAGUUCCAGUGGUAGCUUUAAACGUUUCGAUACGGUAGAUAAAGAAAGUUGUAAAAAUAGUCAAAACUCUCCCAAACACGCAACAACGCCAUUGUGGAAUUUAUCACAAAACGAAAGUGAAAUACCUCCACAACCCUUAAGGCCAGCACCAGCUCCCUGCUCAUCACAAACGGCUGGCAGUGUGGGACAUACUAAAAUUGUUACAUUUUCGGUGAAUCUCGAAAACGAAAGCCCUUUCGUUAGUCAACAUAAUAGCAGGGAAAACGGCGAUAUGUUUAGAUCUGGAAUAUUACAAUCAAAUUUAAAACGACCGGUUGAUAUACCAGUCCUAGAAGCACCGCCUCAAACAAAACUAACAAAUAAUAUAGUGGCCUCACAAACGGCCACCGCAAUACCACGUCCUGUGGUUAAGAAAUCACCUCAACAAAAUGGCUUUUAUAAGGAAGACAAUCCCCAGCAGCUGUUGUCGGGUUCCAGCGACAGUGACCCAGAUCAGUUGCAACGUGCAAAUAACACAAAUCCUUUUCUAGAAAAUUUACCUAAAACACAACCUAACAGCACUGCCUUAAAAUCAAACAACCAAACAACGACCAAUGAGCCUGCAAUAACCAUUGCAAAUCCUUUUGUGGAAACCCAUAAUAUAAACGAUGUUACUUCGUCGAAUAUCGAAGAUCAUUUUUCGGAGAAGGGCUUGGGUUUGCCUAGAACUUUUAGAAAUCGUUCAUUUUCCGAAACUGUAGCUGACGAUAAAGAGGAAUCGGCUACAAUUUCUUUGCGUAAUCUCACAAAUGCUUUUCACACCAGCCCCAAUACUACACCCAAUCCGGGUAAUCCUUUUUCUCAUGUGGCUCGCAAAAUCAAGGGACCUCACAUGCUGCAGAAAACCAUUUCAGAAGAUUUUCUAUUUCGCAAAAUAGGCUCCGCACAAAAUGCCAAUGGUGUUAUUAAUGGCAACAAUGGCACUAAUACUUGGAGUUUUGGUCGUCUUCUAAUGCAAGAGGAUGCUUCGUUUAAUCUGUGGCGUCGUAAUAGUUCACAAACUUCUUUGGAUUCGGGCAGCAUGGCUUCGUUGGAUGGUGUUAAUUUGGAGCGUGCAAUAUCCUGUGAUUCAGUUGAUUCGGAUUUAUCGACUACGGGUUUUACUAGUGAUUUUGAUCAGUCUACUUAUACACAAAUAACGGGGUAUUUGUGUGUGGGUUUGCAUUAUGAUAAGAAUUCCAUAACCGAAGAAGGCAUGGAUUUACAAGUGAGUGUUUUGGAAGCUAAAGGUUUGGUUUUACCUUUUAAAGUUGAUUCGCUAGAUACUUUUGUUCGCAUCUAUUUAGUACCAGAUCAAGCGGGCGCCUUGCAAACUAAGAUUGUUAAAGAUUCUCCAACACCCACUUACAAUGAAACUCUCAACUUCUGGUUGACACGACAACAAACACGUCAUUCGUUAUGGUUUCAUUUGUAUCACAAUGGAUCAGCUCACACAUUAAUCGGUGAAGCCGAAAUGGAAAUUGGGGAAAUGCCCAAACCGAUUACCACAUGGAUACCCCUAACUGAUUCGCGUAAAUGCAAUGCCAAAUGGGGCGAAUUAAUGUUUUCUCUUAGUUAUUUGCCGACGGCCGAACGUCUAACGAUAGUUGUGGUCAAAGCGCGUAAUAUACAACUACAAGUGCCAAGCAAGGGAGAUCCCAAUAAAUUACAGGAUAUACAAAAUGUAUUUGUUAAGGUCUAUUUAAUGAAUAAUGAAAAGAAAGUUCUCAAGAAACGUACUUCAUUGAAACGCAAAGAUCGUUGUCCGGUCUUCAAUGAAUCCGUUAUAUUUAGUUUACCGCCACAAAGUCUAACAACGACACAAUUACGCCUUACGGUAUUUGGUGUAAUUGAUGAGACUACGGUUACGCCACUUGGUCAUGUUGUAGCAGGUAGUUGUGCUACCGGCAAGGGUUUACGUCAUUGGCAUCAAAUGCUUUCAUCUUUACGCAAACCGGUUGCAAUGUGGCAUGUUUUGAGGCGUGUCACAAAUCAACCGGUAUUUACUGGCGGUGCAGAUGCAGUUGUAGCCGCUAUGCAAACUACAGCUCAACGUGCCAAGCGGAAUAGUGUAUUCUAAGAAGGACAAAUAAAAACAAACAACCAUAUAGCAUGAGCAACAUCAUCAUUAUCCUCAUAUCCGCUGAUAUGGUUACAUACACACAUAUAUUCGAAAUGAAUGUAAUACAUCAUAAUUCCUACAUAACAAUCCUAAGUAAAAUAUUUGAAAUAAGAAUUCGGUAUUUAGUCUGAAUUUUUUGUAUACUUAUCAGUGGUUAUUGUAUGAUUUUUUUUAAGGGGUAGGGAUAAUAAGGAAUUGAGAUGUUGUUGUAUAAGUACAGUUUGUUUAGUAAUUUGUUUUUGUGGAUUUUUUGAUUUAUUUCUAUAAAGACUUUUCAACCUAAGACGAAAAAUACAUAAACAUUUCAAGUUUAGAUGUAAAAUAUCUAAAAUUUCUCAAAGUUUUGAAAUAAAUUUUGUAAUUGAUUUGAAUAAGAACAUUACCUCUCGUAUAGACGAAAGUUUAUUAUACAUAUAUGGAACCUUAUAGCUUUGGUUUUAUUAGGGCUAUAAAUGGAAAUAGUGGUCCUAAUACCGGGAGUAUGAUCACAAUAAUUCUUUAACAAAGGCUGCAUUACUUAGGCCCAAUCUUUAGGUAAAGGAUUUGGGAUUAAUUUAAAAUUAAUCCUUUAAAAGUUGUUUUUGUGUACUCAAUUAGUUAAUUUUCUUUGCUAGUUUAAGCGCCCAAUAGAGGUGGUUUAAACUUGAGCAAGAAAUGCUGAAGUGCAAACAGCUG